CCAACUUUACUGGACGAUUGUUCGCAGAAUCCCGUAUUGCGAGCUUAUAUGGCCGGCUCGUUAUGGCUCUAUUGUGGUUCGUCCGGGUUGCAAAUUUGGUUGCCAUUGCCCAAAGUGCCGCCUGUCUCACCCACUGCCCUGUCCACACGUGACGGAAUAGGUUACUCUCGUCAAUCCUCAUUUCCUCCGGACCCAUUGAAUUCUCAUCCAGUUGGGGCUUUGGCUCCCGGUUACAUUUCCCGUCGUGUGAUGCUGUCCAUCGAGUUGGACGAAUGUGUACAUCCGUUGAGUAAGUUCGUAUCUACUAUUCAACCAAUUAUUCCUACCCACCUCUCUCUCUCUGUCACCGCGUUCUCUUCAUUCACAUUGGUGAAUAUCAAGCAAUUCACUGAAGGUUCGGUGGUAGGAAACCAAUCCAAAGAUUUUUUGUAUAUUCUUAUUUAUACACCGGUGUGUGACGGAUAG